AAAAAAAAAGUUUGUGUAGAAUGAGUGUGUGGCUGUAUGUGUGUUUUGGUUUUAUUACAUUGUGGGGACCAAAUGUUAUUUUGACGCUGUAGGGACUAUUUUUCAGGUCCUCAAAAAGAUCUGUGAAUGCAGUAAAAAAAGCCAAAAGUUUUGUAUUUAAUUUGGUUACUUAUGGUUAAGGUUAGGGCUGGUUAGGGGUUAAGGUCGUCAUGUUGGGACUAGAGUUUUCCCCUUAGAAAUGAAUGGAGAGUCCCCACAAAGAUACGAUUACGAACCUGUUUGUGUGUGUGCGCACGCGUAUGUGUGCGUGUGUCUGUGUCUCUGUGAGUCUGUGUUAUCAGUGCACAGAGAAUGGAAGCUGUUGGGAAUUUAUGUCAAGAUUUCUGGUGGAGUUUCCUCUGCAACAGGAAAGUCAGGCUUCCUUUGUUCUGCCACGGCCUGGAGCCUGGCGGUGCUCUGGACGCGACUGUAGCCUGCAUCUAGUCUGAAACACACCGGCUAUUUCACUACCGACCGACCGUGGACAGGAGGUAUGGAGUAUGAGCCCAAGAAACAUAAAAAGGGAUUAGUUUCCCCCAUCAGACGCUUGGUCUUCCCCAAGUCGGGGCGCAAGCAGGUGGACAGGGGGGGUCUGUACCGGCGGCCCCUCCAUACUGUCCCACUUUAUCCUCCAGAUUACCUCAUCCACCCCGAAAGGCUGAUCUUCGAUUAUCUGGAAAAAGAGGUGAAGUUCCUUGGCCAUUUGACCUGGGUUUCCUGUUCCUUAAACCCAUCUAGUCGUGAUGAGCUGCUGCAGCUGCUGGACACUGCCCGGACGUUAAAGGUGCUGCCCUUCAAGUUGAGCCAAGAGCAGGACUGCAUCCUUAGCCUGUCGGCUCGCUGCCUGCUGCUCACCUGGCGAGACAAUGAGAAGCUCUUGCUGCGAAUCCCCACACAUGAGAUUGCUGCCGCCUCCUAUCUGCGAGAUGAUGCACUGCACCUCCUAGUGCUGAAAACAGGCCUGAAUGUGGACACAGUAGUUGCAGAUGGCAGUUUAGAAAAGAAGCCGGGAGGUAUUGAGGGACGCCGGCAGACAGUCAGCAAUACUGAUCCACGCCCAUCAGGGGGCACUAUGGAGCGUCGACACACCAUCUGUGGAGUGGAUUGGAAGCCUUCUUCCAGACAUGAGGCCAAACAAACGGCAGGUGGAGGUGGAGUAGGAGUAGGAGUCCAGGGUGGGGUCCAAGGAGGAGGUGGGGGGACAAGUACUGGGGGAAGCUUAGAGCGAAAGCGAGUGAGCGGGAGCUGGGAGCGCAAACAGACCCACAAAGCAGGAGGGAGUUGGGACCGCCGGCCCAUUGGGGGGAGCUGGGAAAGGCGAAACACCAGUGCGAUAGGUGGGAGCUGGGAGAAGAGGCACGGCGGCAAGCCAGGGGGCAGCUGGGAAAAAAAACAAACACCAGGGGGCAGCUGGGAGCGAAGGCACGCCUGCACAGGCAGCUGGGAGAGGGGCAAGUCCUACGGAAGCUGGGAGAGACGGAAUCACAACCCCCUGGAGCCUACUCCCUGCCCGGACGCCUACUGUAACCUGGUGAUACUGGCAGUGGAAAACAGGGAUGCUGCGGAGGAGUACUGUGCUUUGAUCUGCCAGAUGUUUCAGAUCAUAUAUGGACACCAAAGUAUUGAGUGUGUGGAUCGAGCUGGCUACCAUUACACUACCCCUGACAACUACUGGCUACAGAGGAGUGACAGCUGCCUGACAGAUAUGACAUAUGGUUACGAUGCAGAUUUCAGCUGCUGCAGCUCUUUCGAUGGAUCACAUGAGACCUUUGACCCUUACUACAGUGAGAACUACAGUGAGAGCUCCUCCCUCUCCCUCCAUGACUCCUACUGCAGUGCAGCCUCAGUACACAGUGAUGGAGAGCCUAGCAGCGAAGGCUUACAGCUCAUGCAGGAGUACAUGAUUACACUAAGAAGUAGACUGAGUCCCCAGGAGAUCCAGCAGUUUGCACUCCUCCUGCGGGAAUACCGAAUGGGUGCACCUAUCCAGGAGUUUUGUUCAGACCUCCUCCAGCUGUAUGGAGAUACCAGAAAAUUCCUGUUGCUUGGCAUGAGGCCCUUCAUCCCAGACAAAGACGUUGGCAUCUUUGAGAGCUUUCUAGAAGGUAUUGGGAUACGGGAAGGUGGGAUCCUGACAGACAGCUUCGGCCGCAUCAAGCGCAGCAUGAGCAGCACCUCUGCAACAGCCGUGCGUGGCUACGACAGCUGGUCCCUCCCUUCUGGCUCGCAGGACUUCAACAGGAUGAUCACUGACAUCACGCAUGACAUUGAGGCGCUGGGCUUCGAGGAGGGUGAAGGAGACAUUGAGGAAGAGGACUACUACCUGUGAGGCUAGCCUCUCAUCCUUCCAUCCUCCCUUUUGGAAUAUAAACGGGACAAAGAUUCACUGAGACCUGGUUAGGACAUCGUUCCAGUUCUGGAAAAACCCUGUAAUGAACAUGUGAAUAGUUUCAGACUGAUAUGCAGCAUUGGAUAGUCCAGGUCCAGAAAGUACAAAUCCAGAUCAAGAUUUUGUUUCGACUAACCACAGCAUAAAGAGUCACAGUGACAGCAUAAAGUGUCACUGCAGCUCCCUAAUUAAUUACUAAUUAGACCGGGUUGCCGAAAAGUCCUUACUCCAGGGUUUGAACAGCCGACCUAAAGAUUUUCCCAAAAACCUACAUACACACUGUUUUAGUGCAAUAGGACUGUUCAGGAGAGCAAUGGAAUUAAACAUUUAUAAUGUGAAGACAGUAUGACUGUCUGUUCCACUCUGUGAUUAUAGCUUUCCCAGAUGGUGGCGCUCAAGCAUACGGCUCCCAAAGGUCGCAUCAUGUAAUGUGCACUUUCAGUCAAAACUGAUUUGGACAUGUAAUUGAAAAUUAUGGAUUUUUAUUGAAUAAGAAUACCAAGAAAAGCUACACCAGCAAAAGUAUUUUUAUUGUUUAAUGUGAAUAUUUGCAGCAUGACAAAUUAUACAGUGCUGUGCAGAAGUCUUCAGCAGUUAAAGAAAGUGAUGUGUAAAUGAUUUUCAUGUUGGUGUAAAACUAUAACACCCAUAUAUUUUUUGACUCGACCACCAGCACACCUCGCAUAGCUAAUCAAUAUCUCAUUGGCUUUUUUCAAUAAGUAAUUGAAUUAAUUAAGUGAGCUAGUGGUGAAAUUUAACAAAUACAUGGAAUGGUUGGGGUGCCCCUGAGGUGAGGUUUGGGAAUUGAAGCCGUGUUCUUCUACCCGUUGAAUGAGAUAUCAGUAACUUAUUGGAUAACAGAAGAAAUCCUUUCAAAUUUGUACUGUAUUACUUUUAAAUUGCAUAUGUUGUAAUGAUAAACCGUGUUGUGUGUUCUGUGCACGUAUACACUUACUACCCAGAUAAAUAGAUUUAAACAUU